AUGGCCAAGCAAAACUUGUCCAAGGACAACAACAGGUACAAACGACAUGCUUGGAGCCAAAAGUUCGUUCUGAGAGCAAAGUCCAGUCGCUGGCUCCUCGAACUUGGCUUCCAGAAGAACGUUGUCGAAGACAUUUGCGUCAUCCUAUCGGAUGCGAUCCCGGUGGUGCAGUCCUUGGCGUCCGUCUCAGGCUUGCGAUUGGACCGGGUGGUAGACGUCUCGUGGCGGCUGGACUACUGCAUUCGCUCCAGCACCUUUGGCACGAUCCACGAGCCGCUCUACUUUGUUGUGCUGACGAUCCAAGCGGCGUCGACGGGCGCGUUGACGUACGAGCGCUUCACGUGCACGGUGGCGCAGCUCGAAGAGCUCGUCUUCAAGCUCCAAGAAGCCAUGGAUCAGAUCGAUAUGGUUCUCCGCGCACUCAAGGACGACAACAAGCUUUGAGGAUUGACUAAAACGUGUUUGGUACGUACGAGAACACGCAGCCUCGUCG